CUCAAUCGCAUCGCAUUAGAUUUACUUGGACUCUGGCCUAAAACCGCAAGAAAUCCUCGACAAAAGUUACUGUGCAAUUUACGGGUGCUCCUCGUUUUUCGUAGGGUUAAUAUUUGUUCUUAUAAUUCCCGCUGUCCAUUCCCUGAUAAGAAUUCAUGAUGAUACCAUACUAAUGAUGGAUAAUUUACAACUUACUCUACCGGCUAUAAGCUCCUCAAUAAGAAUCGCGAUUUUUUGGUGGAAAAAAGAAGCUAUUAUACCUGUCGUUAAUAUGAUGGCGGAUGAUUGGAUACAGACUAAAAAUGUGCAAGAGAGAAGCAUGAUGAUCAGAAAAGCGAAAAUUCCACGCAUAAUUAUCACAUGCGGAUUUUGUCUAAUGAUAAUUGCGGGCUGUUUUAUUAUCGGUUUACCCAUUUUUGGAAUGUCUAUGAGAUUAACAACCAACUUUACUGAUCCAGGCAGACCAAUGCCUCUACAAACUUAUUAUAUUUAUAAUGUAACGAAAAGACCACAUUACGAGUUGACAUUUUUCAUGCAAGCUAUCUAUAGUAUGGUUGCUAUGACAGCUUAUGCUGGAAUAGAUAAUUUUCUCGGACUGCUUGUAUUUCAUAUAUGCGGUCAAUUGGACAUACUGAACGGCCGUUUAACACGUUUGGAUAAAUACAUAAAUUCCCAAGCUAUGCUAAGAGACUGCGUAACGAAGCAUAUUUCUUUGCUUAGGAACAUUGCCGUUAUUGAAGAUGCCUAUAAUAUAACGCUUCUCGCAUUAUUUGUAUACUUUGCUCUAUUCUUCGCUUUUUUUGGAUUUCGGAUUAUUAAUUUAUUCGACGAGGGAAAUGAUAUGUCGAUUAUUCAGUUAGUAUAUUUUUUCGCUUGUAUUGUAAAUGCUAUUGUGCAUAUGUGUUUAUACUGUGCUCUUGGUGAAAUUUUGGUAGGCCAAUGUAAUGAAGUAUAUUAUGCGGGAUAUAAUGUUAAAUGGUACUCUAUGGAUCCAAAAAUUACAAAAGACUUGUUGAUUUUCUUAAUAAGAGGCAAUAAACCAGUUUAUCUCACCGCUGGAAAAAUAUUUCCUAUGACAAUGGCUACAUUCUGCAGUUUAAUAAAAACUUCAGUUGGUUAUAUUUCUGUUUUACAUACGACAAGAGUAUAA